AUGUCUACUAUGUGCUCUUCCGAAGCUAGGACGUACCCCAGAAGCGACGCGCAUUGUCCUCGCCCGGGCAAUGUGGCAAAUAUGCGAGGGCUACCGGCUAGAGGACGGAGCCGGCCAAAGAAGUUAGUCCGCCGUCGCCAGCAACAUCCAAUGCGCUUGGCAACACGUAACGUUGGGACGCUUACUGGAAGAAGUCGUGAACUGACAGACAGUCUCAGGAAACGCCGUGUUGACAUAUAUUGUGUACAGGAGACUUGCUGGAAAGGCUCCAAGUCAAGGGAAUUAGGCAAUGGCUACAAGCUCAUCUACCACGGCACAUCAAAUCGCAACGGCGAUCGCUUGAUGGCUGUAAAAGUAGAUACAGAAGUGGAAUUGCGAGUCGUAUCUGCUUAUGCGCCACAGAUGGGCUGUAGUGAAGAAGAAAAGGCGUGCUUUUGGGAAGAUCUGGAGCAGUACGUCCAAUCCCUGGAAGGCGAAGAAAGUUGUCAUGGUGGAUACGGCUAUGGAGCUCGUAACGACGGCGGUUUGCGAAUCCUGGAGUAUGCUGUUGCAAGUGACUUGAUCAUUGCUAACAAGCAGUAUCGGAAAAGAAAAUCGCAUUUGAUUGUGUACACCAGCGGCGGUCGUGAAACACAAGUAGAUUUCUGGAUGUUACGCCGACGAGAUCGCCGACUUCUGCAGGAUUCAAAAGUCAUCCCUACAGACCAUGUCGCUGCCCAACACCAUCUGCUCGUUAUGGACUUGAAAAUCUCCCGUCCAGGGAAGAGACAUCCAAGGACUGAAAAACAGCGCAUCAAAUGGUGGAAUCUGAAGGAUCGAAAGGAGGUAUUUAUCGCGUUCGUGACUCCAUCUACACUUCCCCACCCUACUUGUAGUGUGGAGGAAAUGUGGUCGUCUACUUCCAGCGUUAUACGCUUGACCGCAGAAAACACUCUGGGAAAGACGACUCUAGGUAAGCCCAAGUGGAGGACGCGUCAGCCUGAAGAUCGGGGUGCUUACCUAGCGGCGAAGAGGGAGGCUAAGAAGGCAGUCUCCAAGGCGAACCGUCCGGACCGCUACAAGGCUGUGUACGACAUGCUUGAUAUCAGAGAAGGCGAGCGGGCAGUGUAUCGUUUAGUCAGAGCGCGUCAUCGCUCAACGUUGGAUUUGGAGCACACCAAGAUCGUUAAGGGAGGUGAUGGAGACGUUCUUCGCCGCUCUGAUCAGAUCCUGGAAAGGUGGCGAGAGUACUACAAUCACUUGUGUAACGAAGAGUUCUGUCAUCCUCCCAUCCCAACUGUUCCCAGCGUGCGCUCCAUCUUCGGCGUCGUCCCGAUAACAGAGAAGAUGAAGGAGGCGCGACUGAGAUGGUUCGGUCACGUCUUGCGGCGAGAGGAAGAUUCCGUGGCCAAAACCGCACUGAAGCUCGACGUUUCAGGAGUGAGGCCGCGUGGGAGGCCAAAGAUUCGCUGGUUAGACCGUGUGAAGCUGCGUGGAUAUGAUAGAUGCGCGUCUAUGUACGGCUGA